AUGGCUAACCAGAGGUGGACUAGAUCAGUACAAUUUGACUCCCUCCUCGUCUCGUCUGGGGUCAUCAUGACCACCACCACCACCACCGCGGCGGCUGCGGCCACCACCACCAGCCGAGCGGCGGUUCAGGGCAUUCUGCAAGGCAGCAACCCAUCGCACUAUGACUCGUCGAACCCCAUCAUCGUGUUUAUCAUCCAGGCGGGCAUCAUCAUCAUCUUCUGUCACCUGCUGCACUGGCCGCUGGCCAAGAUCAACCAGCCCCGCGUCAUCGCAGAGAUCAUCGGCGGCAUUUUGCUUGGCCCGUCUGUCAUGGGCCGCAUCCCGGGCUUCACCGACGCCAUCUUUCCCACGGCUUCGAUUCCCAAUCUGAACCUGGUCGCGAACCUGGGCCUGGUGCUGUUCCUGUUCCAGGUCGGUCUCGAGACCAACGUGCGCUUCCUGGUCAGUAACUGGCGGGUCGCGUCCAGUGUCUCGGCCGCCGGCAUGAUUCUACCCUUUGGCCUCGGCAGCGCCAUCUCGUACGGCAUCUACAAGCAGUUCCAGAAUGAGGCAGACACGGUUCCUGUCAGCUACGGCACAUUCCUGCUCUUCAUCGGUGUUGCCAUGGCUAUCACUGCCUUUCCCGUGCUCUGUCGCAUUCUCACCGAUCUGAAGCUGUUGAGCACAAAUGUGGGUGUCAUCGUACUCUCCGCGGGCGUCGGUAACGAUGUGGUUGGCUGGAUCUUGCUGGCGCUGUGCGUUACCCUGGUCAACGCCGACAGCGGCAUCACUGCCCUCUAUGUCCUGCUGGUCCUCGUGGGCUACAUUCUGAUGCUGGUGUUUGUCUUCCGCCCCCUGUUCAUGCGCUUCCUGAAACGCACGGGGAGCUUGGAGAAGGGUCCUAGCCAAGCCGUCGUCACCGUCACCCUGCUCAUCACCCUCGCCUCCGCCUUCUUCACCCAGGUUAUCGGCAUCCACGCCAUCUUUGGCGGCUUCAUCAUCGGCCUCUUGUGUCCGCACGAGGGCGGCUUUGCCAUCAAGCUCACCGAAAAGAUCGAAGACUUGGUCGCUUCCAUCUUCCUCCCUCUCUAUUUCACCCUCUCCGGGCUCAGUACCAAUCUUGGCUUGCUCAACACGGGUAUUGUCUGGGGAUAUGUCGUUGGCAUUAUUGCCAUCGCUUUCAUCGCCAAGGUGACCGGAGGCGCGUUGGCUGCUCGUUUCACUGGCCUGCUUUGGCGCGAGAGCUGUGCCAUUGGAGUUCUGAUGAGCUGCAAGGGUCUAGUCGAAUUGAUUGUUUUGAAUAUCGGACUUGAUGCAAAGAUCCUCAGCACCCAGACCUUCACCAUGUUUGUCGUCAUGGCCCUGGUCACGACCUUUGCCACUACCCCGCUGACUGUCGCCCUCUAUCCGACAUGGUACCAGAUCAAGGUGGAUCGUUGGCGUCGCGGUGAGAUCGACUGGGAUGGCCAGCCGCUGCAGCCCGAGGGUCGCGCCGAUAGCGUGCAGCUGACCAAGGAUCAUCUCAAAUCCAUCACCGUCCGAAAGCUGGUGGUCUAUCUGCGCCUGGACGGUCUGCCAGGCGUCUGCACGCUGGCCGCUCUGCUGGCAGGUUCUUCCAGCCGGGUCACCCCCCGGGUCCACCCGGCCAAAACGACGCAGGCCGAAAUUCCGGUUGCACCACAGGACACCGAGGAAUCGAUGGGCACUCCCGAGGAUGGGGACGGGCGCAAAGCCCUGCAGGUCCACGGGGUGCGGCUGAUCGAGCUGACAGACCGAGUCUCGAGUGUGAUGAAGGUCUCUGAAAUCGACGAGUAUUCGCUCUGGGACCCGGUCGUGAACACCUUCCGCGCCUUUGGUCAGUGGCACAACAUCUCGAUCAUGGCCGGGGUCUCGGUCAUCCCGGAAGCCGCCUACGCUGACACGGUGGUGGACAUGGCGCGCGAAGAGUCCACAGACCUACUACUCCUCCCCUGGAGCGAGACGGGCGGCAUGACCGAACGGCUGAGCGGCCUCGGCCUGGACGAAGAGGACUCGCGCUUCGCCAACGGGCCGUACGCAGCCUUUGUCUCGAGCGUCGUCAGCCGUGUGAAGAGCAACAUCGGCGUCUUCAUCGAGCGGAGCGUCUACCAGAGCAACACCACCGCCCCGUCCGCCACGCAGGACCGUCCGCCUAACCCGCGCUCCCUGAGUGCCCGGAGCUCGGUCUGGAACCGCUCCCCCGCCGGCGGCGCCCGCUCCCACCACAUCGUCCUGCCGUUUUUCGGCGGCGCCGACGACCGUUUCGCCCUGCGCUUCGUCCUCCAGCUAGCCCAGAACGACCACGUCACCGCGACGAUUGUCCACGUUGACGUGCCUCCUUCAUCGUCUGCUCACGCAGCGAAAGCUACAGCGCAGGCGUCUUCUGAUUCCGAAUCCGAUUCCAUCUUCUUCGCGACCCUCCACGACUCGCUCCCCACAACCCUCUCCGACCGGGUCGUUUUCCGCCGCAUCUCAUCUACGGAGACAACCCGCGACCCGCUCCGCCUGGCUGUGUCUUGGUGCUGCAGGCUCGCACCUAAUAAUGAACUGGUAUAUGGUUAA